UUAAUUUUUAAAUAAAACCCUACUGAUCUCCCCCAUCGAAUCCUUUUUCUUGUUAAGCUCUUGUUUGAUUUAUCAGGAACUCGAUUGGUGAUCUCUCUUUGGAGUUCUUGUUUAUCGUAGAUUUCAUUGAUUUGUGCCUGUUUCUAGUUGGGAAAAUUCUCAUGGAUCUAUCGUUUUUAGUUUACUCGGUUUUGGUUCACUGUAUGUAGAUCUUUUAGAAUUCAGCAAUUCCGACAGGUUCCGUGCUCGAACUGGAUUUCGAUUCCUCCCAGUUCCGUUUGAUUUUCGGGGAAAGGUGAACUGGUUAUCGGGCGAAAAUGAAGGUGCCGUGUUGCUCUGUGUGCCAAACGCGGUACAACGAGGAGGAGAGAGUUCCCUUGCUGCUCCAAUGCGGGCAUGGGUUCUGUAAGGAGUGUUUAUCGAAGAUGUUCUCGGCGUCGACGGACACAACUCUAUCCUGCCCCCGGUGUCGGCACGUGUCCGUGGUGGGGAACUCGGUGCAAGCGCUUCGCAAGAACUACGCAAUGCUCGCGCUCAUACACUCGGCUUCGAACUCUCUCCGCCGGGAUUUUGAUUGCGAUUGCACUGACGACGAGGAUGAUGAUAGCAGUGGCGAUGGCGAUGAGGAGGAGGAAGCGGCUCGGUGCUUCCGGGGCUCCAGUGCCUCAAGCUCCGGUGGAUGCGGGCCGAUGAUCGAAGUUGGGACGCAUCAGGAGAUGAAGCUGGUGAAGCGUAUCGGAGGGGGGAGGCGAGCUGGGGUCGAGAUGUGGGAAGCUGUAAUUGGUGGAGGCGGCAAUGACGGCCGUGGAAAACGGUGUAAGCAUCAAGUAGCAGUGAAAAAGGUUGCAGUAACGGAGGAGAUGGAUGUGGAUUGGAUGCUGGGGCAGCUGGAUAGUUUGCGGCGGACUUCGAUGUGGUGCAGGAAUAUCUGUACGUUCCAUGGUGUCGUGAAAAUGGAGGGUUCUCUGUGCCUUGUGAUGGACAGGUGUCAUGGCUCUGUCCAUUCUGCUAUGCAGCGAAAUGAAGGCAGGCUCACUUUGGAGCAAAUCCUAAGAUAUGGUGCAGACAUAGCACGAGGGGUGGCUGAGCUUCAUGCAGCAGGUGUUGCUUGUAUGAAUCUAAAACCAUCCAAUCUUCUUUUGGAUGCAAGUGGUCAUGCUGUCGUUUCUGAUUAUGGACUGGCCGCAAUUCUGAAGAGACCUGGCUGCAGAAAAGCUCGAACAGAUUGCGAUUCUUCAAGGGUCCAUUCAUGUAUGGACUGCACAAUGCUUAGCCCACAUUAUACUGCCCCAGAGGCAUGGGAGCCAGUGAGGAAAUCUUUGAAUUUGUUCUGGGAGGAUGCAAUUGGUAUAUCUGCAGAAUCAGAUGCCUGGAGUUUUGGUUGUACAUUGGUGGAAAUGUGCACUGGUUCUAUUCCGUGGGCUGGUUUGAGUGCAGAGGAAAUUUAUAGAGCUGUUGUCAAGGCUCGAAAACUGCCUCCUCAGUAUGCUAGCGUAGUAGGUGUUGGAAUUCCUAGGGAAUUAUGGAAGAUGAUUGGUGAAUGCCUUCAGUUUAAGCCAUCAAAAAGACCAACAUUUCAUGCAAUGUUGGCGACAUUUCUGCGUCAUUUGCAAGAGGUCCCACGCAGCCCUCCUACGAGUCCUGAUAAUGGCUUCUUGAAAUUCUCUGGAUCAAAUGCUGCAAAACCACCACCUGCAUCUGAUGAGGACAUUUUCCAAGAUAAUUCUAGCCAUCUUCAUAGACUUGUCUCUGAGGGAGAUGUGAAAGGUGUAAGAGGUUUUCUCUCAAAGGCUGCAGAGGGAAACAGUGGAAACUCAGUGCGUUCACUUUUAGAGGCACAGAAUACUGAUGGCCAAGCUGCUCUCCACUUGGCUUGUAGAUGUGGUAGUGCUGAACUAGUGGAGGCUAUUUUGGAGCAUGAAGAGGCAGAUGUUGAUGUUCUGGACAAAGAUGGAGAUCCUCCACUUGUUUUUGCUUUAGCAGCUGGAUCCCCUGAAUGUGUUCAGGCUCUCAUCAAAAGAGGGGCUAACGUUCGAUCUAGAUUGAGAGAAGGAUUUGGACCAUCUGUUGCUCAUGUCUGUGCUUACCAUGGACAGCCUGAUUGCAUGCGUGAGCUACUGUUGGCUGGGGCUGAUCCAAAUGCAGUUGAUGAUGAGGGUGAAUCUGUAUUACAUAGAGCUAUUGCCAAGAAAUAUACAGAUUGUGCUAUUGUGAUAUUGGAAAAUGGCGGCUGUAGAUCAAUGGCUGUUUUGAAUUCAAAAAAUUUAACACCAUUGCAUUUAUCUGUAGCAACAUGGAAUGUGACUGUUCUCAAAAGGUGGGUGGAAAUUGCUUCUCAAGAAGAGAUCGACGAGGCAAUUGAUAUUCCUAGUCCUGUUGGUACUGCAUUGUGCAUGGCCGCUGCUGUCAAGAAAGAUCAUGAAAUUGGACUUGGACUCAGGGAGAACAAUUGACAAUGGUAGGAUGAAUUUAGGGUUGUACCUUCUUCAAGCCGACACCUCUAGGAGACAAACUCACAAUGCAGUAUGUGCAAA